AUGAAUCCGUAUUCAUAUCCUCCAGAAUAUUUCUUGAAUCCAAACUUUUAUCCUUCUUCAUAUUACGAUUACUCACCUGAAGACUUUAUGACUAAUGAAUUCUAUGGUGGAGGGUAUCACUAUUUAUUCCAUGGCGGACCUGCGGGUACACUUUAUCCAUACUCGAACUUUCAAUUUAAACCGCUUCCUUUAUACGAACGCAGAAACUUUAUAGAUUUGCCAAAAAAUAAAUUCGCAAGGGAUUUCUAUAUCGAAGACCAAUCUAAUUUUAUGGCAACUAAUCAUAAACGUUCUGCUGAACCGCAUCCAAUGAUUUUCAUGUCGAAUCAAGGCCAAGAUAUCGAAAACAUUGAAGCUUCGAACCAGAACGCGAUUAACUUAGCCACAACUAGUUCUAGUACCUUCUCGAAUUCAAUAGAUAAAGAGUCAUCACACACCAAGGUUCAUAAAAGAAAUCAACCCCAGUCUUCGGAUCAUAAACGCUCGGACCAAGACAUUGAAAACGUAGCUGCCGCAAACUUUAAUAAUGUUGAGAUAUCCACAACUAACUCUAAUAGUUUAGUGAGUUCAAAAGAUAAAGAGUCGUCGAACACGAUUAUUCAGAAAAGAAAUCAAUCUCAAUCUUCGGAUCAGAAGCGUUCUAUAGUAGAAAAACAACCAUCGGUCUUUGUUUCGAAUCAGAACCAAGAUAUCGAAAAUACUGAAGCCGAGAGCUUUAACGAAAAUGGAAUGUCAGCAACUGAGAUCAAUACUUUUGCGAGUGCAAAAGAUAAAGAAUCAUCAAAAACGAGUUUUCGUAAAAGAAUACAUCCUAACUCUAUACCGUCCUUUUCGUCUAAUCAACUUCAAGACAUACAAAAUCUUGAAGCAGCGAAUUUUAAGUCGGCUCAAAUGUCCGCAACUAAUGCUAAUAAUUUUGCAUCUUCAAAAGAUAAAGAAUCAUCAAAUAUGAUAAUGAUUUCAUAA